GGUCGGAGCGCAGCCGCGCUUAUGGGCGAGACACACUUUCUGUGUUUUUUUUUUCCCGCACCAAUCGCCAAGGAAACGCUCCCGCGCUGAAAUGAACCAGAGCCCGGUGUCUGCGGCGCGGAUUGACACGGAAACUUUUACGAUGGACGCAAAGGCGCAAAAGUAGCCGCAACACAGAGAGAGAGAGAGAGAGAGAGAGCAAGAAAGAGAGAGAAAAGGCGAAAUAUCUCCGCUCAGCUCACCACCACACGCACGCGCAGGCAGGGGUAGAAUGUACGCGGUGAGAGCCCGGUGCAGUUUCUAACGGCGAGACGCUUCUCACAGCCGAGUCCGGCCUCCAGAAAACCGUUGGCUUUCUUUUAAAAUCCACCUCUCCCGCGCUUCAGUCGCAACACUGUUGCAAAGCUGUCGUUUUGAACCGGUGAUAGAUUCCAAAAAGAAAAAAAAAUUAUGGCGGGGAAAGGGACAUCACAAGGCACGGGAAUAUUGCUGGUGACGGCCAACGUCGGCUCUCUCUUCGAAGAUCUUGAAACCCUUCAGAAGACAUGGCUGCAGGAGUUCUAUCAGACGGUGCACACACACAGACCACAGUUUGUGGCGUUACACUGUCAAGAAGUGGGUGGGAAAGAAGUCCAGAAGUCCAUGACAAAAGUGGACAGCUUUUUCAGAGAGUUAUUGUCCAGUGACGCCAUGAAGGAGUACAACAGAGCCCGUGUCUACCUCGACAAGAACUACCAGUCCCAGGAGCAUUUUACAGCACUAGGAAGUUGCUACUUUAUACACGAAUCCUUAAAAUCCAUCCAUCAGUUUGACUUCAAAGCCAAGAAGUUCAAGAAGGUGUUUGGCAAGGAGAUCCCGGACACUUUAGAGAGCACGUACAUGCUGGAGAAGGAGAAGUUCCCUAAAGAUUAUUUUCCUGAGAGAAAAUGGUCCAGAAAAGGCUUUAUCAGGACUCGCUGGGCUCUGGGGGACUGUUCCUUUGACCUGGUGAAUAUUCAUCUGUUCCACGAUGCCUCCAACCUUGUAGCCUGGGAAAACAGCCCUUCUGUCUACUCGGACACACGACAAAAAGCUCUCACCUACGUUCUGGAACGGAUCACUGACCAGCGGUAUGAGAACGUGCCAUAUUUCCUCUUUGGCGAUUUUAACUUCAGGUUGGAUUCGAAGCAGGUUAUACAGAGACUGUGUUCUACGGCCACCAUGGAGACUGUUCCAACUGAGGACAACAACAAAGUGGACAAGCUAAUAUUCAUAGAGUCUGACAACGACCACAAGGUUGUGCUACAACUCGGACAGAAGCUUUUUCACUACAGUAACCAGGAUGUUUUCCGGGAAAACAAUGGAACGCUGCUAUUAGAGUUUGAUAAAGAGAGGACUGUCUUUAAGGAUCGUCUGCACGAGCUGGAGAUCUCCUUUCCUCCCAGCUACCCGUACAGUGAGGACAGCAGUCAGGGGAAGCAGUACAUGAAUACGCGAUGCCCUGCCUGGUGUGACCGCAUCCUUAUGUCUUCUUCUGCCAAAGAACUGGUUGUAAAGCCAGAGACUGAGGAGAAGUCAAUAACAUAUGAUAACAUAGGGCCCAAUGUCUGUAUGGGGGACCACAAGCCUGUCUUCCUGUCGUUUCGAUUAACCACAGGGGCAGGUAAACCUAUUGCAAAUAUGCACAAGUGUUGUGUCAUGCAGUGAUGUGAUAUAUGCUGCCAAAGAACGGAGGGGAUUACACCACAAGCGACCCUGUGAGAAAGUCUGAGACAGCUGGAUGCACACACAUAUACAUACACAUACAUACACACACUCUGUCUCUUAUACACAUUCACAGAAAACCCUGAUAAGACUUUUCAGCCGGACUGACCAGUCGUAGUGAAACAAGUGCAAGCUAGCACACGGAUAAAAAAAAAAAAAAGGCAGCAUGUACCCACAAGUGAAUUAGGAUUCAGGAACGCAUACCAAGCAGCAAGCACACACACACACACACACACACACAGCUCACGCUUCUCACUUCUCUUGUUGGACACUCUUCCUGCAACCUUUUUUGUUUCCUGAGCACCAACAACUCAAAGGACAACUCUUCUUAUAUAAUAUAGCCUUGUUGCCAAAACUCUAAUAGAAAAUCAGAAGUACUACAUAUUUUAAAGACAAUACUUGCGAUUUUUAGAUAUGCCUCUACAUUAUAGAAGAUACUUCCAUAUCUUGUGUAAGAUGUUUUAAGAAGUGCAAUGCAAAAAAAAUGUUAUAUAUAUAUAUAUGUAUAGUGUUAGGUUUAUUUGUACAUUGGAUUAUUAUAUAGUGGUGAUAAUGUUUUUAGUGCUGUUUUCUUUCGCUGUGCAUUCUCUCUGUUGGAUUAGAUUUUUUUUUUAGUUCAUUUCAACAGUUGAUGCAAGUUUGCUGUAUUUUCUUUACUGACUUUACUCUUACUUAUGCUUUUUUUUUUUUUUUUUGGCAUACUCGUGUGCCCAGCACACACCCUCAUGUUUCUGAAAUCCACCAAGUCUCAUUUUAUAUACUGUACAUUUUAAAGAGAUGAUAAUUUAUGAUUCUUAUCACAAUGAUUACACUGAGGUAUAGCUAGAAACCUGUCGCUUCUCAGCUGAACCAUUUGAAUAGUUAGUUAUAGAUAUAUAAAAAUAUAUAUUAAAACACACAUCAUCUGAAGUGCACCUUUAUUUGCAAUUAUAUGAUUUUCACAUAGCUUUUCUAAGCUAUCCUACCAGUGUCAUAGGCCAUGCAAGUAGCUAUAUAAGAUAUUGUUUCAUAUAGCAGUCUCACUUGGUUAUUGCAUUAUUGUUCUUAUCCUAACUUAUUUCUGUGUAAUAAUAUGGUUCUGAAUGUGAUAUUUUAGGUAGGCUUGGGUAUCUUUAAAAAAAAAAAAACUUGUUUUUUUUUUCUUUGUGUUACUGCAUCAUGGUGCCAAGUAUUGUACACAGCGGACAAAUGUGUGUUAAGAAUUUGCAUUUCCUCAUAUUGAUUUUAAUUUAGUACACUACAUAGUUCACAGUCCGUGUGAAGCAGGUAGUUUGAUUUGGAUUUCUUUCUUUUUUCUUUUUUUUUCCUCAUUUAAAUCACCUUAAGUGAGAAUUUGCAGCAAAAUCCAUGUCGUCAUAAGAUCUUAAGAGUGGCUUCCCAAACUGGCAUAGCUCUACUAAAUAGUGUCAAAAUAGUGUGCUAACUAAAAAUGUGAAAUAGCCUACUACUUUCCAGGCCUAUUUAUGGCAUUAAUUAUGCAGUUUUGGGAGAAAAUGAGGCGGUGAUGUAGACGACACGAAUGUAUUAUAUUAGCCAAAAAAAACUUCCACGCACUGUCUAGUAGUAGCCUACUAUUUAGUACGAUAGUAUGCCAUUUUGGACACUGCUCAACACCCCCCUUUUAAAAAAAGAUCCCGCCGGUCACGUGAUGCGGUGUGUUCCCUCUGUAAUCGCAGAUAGAGAUUGAGCUCCAUGGGUGGCCUGGCCUCUUCAAGCAAUAAAACCAUUAGACCUGAACAA